AUGUCUGAAGUGAAAUCAGUCGCAAUUGCUGGGGCUUCUGGCAACCUCGGGCCCCAUGUCGUCAAAGCAUUUCUCGAUGCGGACUUCCAAGUCACGGUUCUCACCCGAUCCACAAAGUCAGGCACAGGCACAGGCAAAGGCACAUACAACUCCCGCGUUAAAGUUGUGCCAGUGGACUUCACAUCUGUCGAGUCAUUGGCUGCGGCGCUCAAAGGCAUCGACGCACUGGUGUCCACGGUAGCUGGAGCCGCCAUCGAGAGCCAGACCGUCCUCAUCGACGCCGCCGUCGCCGCCGGAGUGAAACGGUUCAUUCCCUCCGAAUACGGCUCUUGUACGACCAGCCCCAAAGUCGCCGCCUUGCCGCUCUACGCCUCGAUGUUCAAGAUCAAGCAGUAUCUGGAAGAACAGGCGACUGCGGGAAAGCUGACCUGGACGGUCCUUGCAUGCGGUGCCUUCUUGGAGUUUGUGCUUGGUGGUCCCAUGUUGCUGGAUUUCGCAAACCAUAAGGCGACUUUGUUCGAUAAAGGUGACAACAGGACGACUGUCACCUCCCUGCCGACUAUCGGCAAGGCCAUUGUCGGGAUUUUGAAAAACUUCAACGCCACCAAAAACAGGGUUGUGCGAAUUUCAGAGGCCAUCGUGACGCAGAAUCAAUUGUUGCGCAUUGCGGAGGGACUGAGACCGAAUAUCAAGUGGGAAAUUAGCGAGGUCCAGACAAGUGCCGUGUUGAAAGAAGGUCUGGAUGAGCUCGGAGCUGGCGACUUCAGCAUGCCAGUUUUUAUGAAGAUACUGAAAGGCACAGCUCUUGCCGGCGACACGUAUGGAGCCGCCUUUGAUGAGACGGACAAUGACCUUCUCGGUGUCAAGGAGUUGACGGAGGAAGACUUGAAGAAACUCAUUGCUGGCAAGCUCGAGUAG